AUGUAUUUUAAUGUCUGCCGACGAUUGACGCAGCCGUGCGUUAGGCAAAUCUACACCAGCGUGUCGCGAAAUUUAAUGAAAAAUCACGUGGAUACCCCAUUUCGAAAGAGGAUACGUACUACCGCUUUUUAUGGAGCUGGGCUAGGAGUUCUGGUAAUCGGUUUGAGCUACUCCGCGGUGCCUUUGUACAGGAUGUUCUGCCAGUCAUACAGUUACGGUGGAACAGUAAGUGCUGGUCACGAUGCCAGCAAAGUGACCACAAUGUCACCCAUCAAAGACAGGAAGAUUAAAGUUAAAUUUAGCGCGGACACAGCGGCAUCCAUGAAAUGGAACUUCAAACCCCAACAGACGGACAUUAUGGUUAUUCCCGGAGAGACUGCUCUGGCGUUUUACACAGCCACAAAUCCCACUGAUGAGCAGAUCGUGGGAGUGUCCACGUACAAUGUUCUACCUUUUGAGGUAGGACAGUACUUCAAUAAGAUACAAUGCUUCUGCUUCGAAGAACAGAUGCUUAGUCCACACGAACAGGUCGAUAUGCCAGUGUUCUUUUACAUUGAUCCAGAAUUUGCGGAAGACCCACAACUGGAGUUUGUCGAUGAGAUAAUUCUCUCUUAUACGUUCUUCGAAGCGAAACCAGGACUCCAACUGCCUAUACCGACUUACGUCAAAAGUCACUUGACAAAGUAAACUGUAAUUAUUCCCGAUAGUUAUAAUUGUACAAAUAAAUAUAUUUAAUGUUUUCUUUUUCUAA